ACUCGCUGGCCAUAUUGAAAAGAUCAAGAGGAAGCAUGUGGGCUGAAGAAUUACCUGAAGAUGUGUCUUAUGACUCAUAUGGAUAUUAUCCACCAAGUGAUUAUGAUCGCCCUGGAAAAUCUCACACAGGUGACCCCCGCCAAGACUUGGAGUACGAGCGUCAGUAUCAGCAACAGACGUACAUCGUACCUGAGGUCAUCAAGAACUUCCUGACCUACUUCCAGAAAUGCAUCAAAGAGCAGAACCUGUUUGAGAUCCAGCACUCAUAUGAGAAUGGGUUUAACAAGUUGACAGACAGGUUCUUCAAAAACACCCCUUGGCCUGAUGCCUCUGUUAUUGCGUCUAUUGUUGGGAAUGAUUACAUCUUUUUGAUUCUGUACAAGGAACUGUUUUAUCGUCACAUCUACGCCAGGGUGCCAGGUGGGCCCACCCAGGACCAGAGAUUUGAGUCGUACUACAACUACUGUAAUCUCUUCAACUACAUUCUGAAUGCUGAAGGCCCUGUCCCCUUGGAACUGCCCAAUCAGUGGCUGUGGGACAUCAUUGACGAGUUUAUCUACCAGUUUCAGUCAUUUAGCCUGUAUAGGUCAAAGGUCACCAAGAAGACAGACGAUGACAUGGAUCACCUGAGAAGAAACCCCAAGAUUUGGAAUGUUCACAGUGUUCUCAAUGUUUUACAUUCAUUGGUGGAGAAAUCAAACAUCAACAGGCAGUUGGAAGUCUUCUCUAGUGGAGGUGACCCGGACAGCGUUUCUGGGGAAUUUGGUCAGCAGUCGCUCUAUAAGAUGCUGGGGUACUUCAGUCUGAUUGGUCUGCUGCGUCUUCACUCUCUGCUGGGAGAUUAUUAUCAGGCUCUGAAAGUCCUUGAGAGUAUCGACUUCAACAAGAAGAACAUGUACUCGCGUGUUCCUGCCUGCCAGAUCACCACUUUCUAUUAUGUGGGCUUUGCCUAUCUGAUGAUGAGACGAUACCAGGAUGCUAUCCGUACCUUCUCUAAUGUACUGCUCUAUAUACAGAGAACCAAACAGAUGUUCCAGAACAGGGCCUCUCUCUAUGACCAAAUCUCCAAGAUGAAUGACAAGAUGUACACCCUGCUGGCCAUAAGCCUAGUACUGCACCCCAUGAGGAUUGAUGAGAGUGUCCACUCACAGCUCCGCGAGAAGUUUGCUGACCGCAUGCUGCGAAUGCAGAAAGGGGAUAUGGGGGAAUUUGAGACAAGCUUUUCAUUUGCCUGUCCUAAAUUCCUCUCACCAGUGCCACCAAACUAUGAUCAAAUGACGCCAACCUUCCACAAGGAGCCGUUUCUUCUCCAGCUUAAGGUGUUUCUACAGGAAGUGACUCAGCAGAUUCUCCUGCCUACAAUCAGAAGUUAUCUGAAGCUAUACACAACACUACCCAUGUCCAAGUUGGCAACCUUCAUGGACCUGACAGACGAAGAGUUACAGACAAACCUGAUGUGUUUUAAGCACAAAAUGAAGAAUGUUGUGUGGACAAAGGGUACCAGUGGAUUGGAGGGAGAGUUUCAGUCUGCCUCAGAAGUGGAUUUCUACAUAGACAAGGACAUGAUCCAUAUAGCAGACACCAAGGUGGCCAGACGUUAUGGGGACUUCUUCAUCAGACAAAUACACAAGUUUGAAGAGAUUACCCAUAACUUGAAACAAGUGCAGUGAGUGGGGGGAUGUUACAUUAGUGACAGAAGAAAACGAAGUGGAUUGUUGACCAAUAAUUAGGAAAUAAAUGUCUAUUACUAAGAGCUCGUCGGUAUGCACGUGAUUACCUUCUCUCAAUAAACAAAAUUGUCACCAUGCAAUUGUUUUGAACCCGUUUUAUCGGUCUCCAUACAGUGUGUGUGAAAUGCUCAUAUGGGACAGACCAUGUAGCACGCUUCAUCUACUCUUUUAAGGCCACAACGGAGAAAUAGCCUAAAUGUUAAGUUUUUUAGCACAGUAAUUUGGAAUGAUACCAGUAUCCUUGUAAGAUGGUGUAGCUGUUCGGCUCCUCAUACUUGUUUGAUCCUGUUCAAAAUUGUUUGGGACAAUACACAGAUGUGCAGGUCUUUUCGUUUUAUUCCCUGGGCUAUUUUUCAGUUGUCCUGGGCCUCUCUGGCUUAGAUGGUUAAUAAAAGUUCCUGCCUACUGUG